AUGCUCCCCUCCUCCGGCGGCGGCCGGGGCCGCGGCCGCCACCUCCUGCUCGGCUUCGGCCUCGCCCUCGCUGCCCUGCUCGCGCACGCCUCCGCCUCCGAGUCCGACCACAAGUACAAAACUGAAGAGCCAGUUAAGCUUUGGGUGAAUAAAGUGGGCCCUUACAAUAAUCCUCAAGAAACUUACAACUAUUACAGCCUUCCAUUUUGUCAACCGUCUGAGAACCCUACACAUAAAUGGGGUGGUCUUGGAGAGGUCCUGGGUGGAAAUGAGCUGAUUGAUAGUCAGCUUGAAAUAAAGUUCUUAAAAAACGUGGAGAAGGGCUUCAUUUGUUCACUUGAGCUAGAUGCUAAAAAGGUCCAGCAGUUUGCUGAUGCCAUUGAAAGCUCAUAUUGGUUUGAAUUUUUUAUAGAUGAUCUGCCUCUUUGGGGUUUUGUUGGGGAGACUGACAAGAACAGUGAAAACAAGCAUUAUCUUUACACACACAAGAACAUCCUUGUUAAAUACAAUGAUAACAGGAUAAUUCAUGUAAAUCUCACCCAAGAGUCUCCUAAGCUUCUUGAAGAUGGUAAGAAAUUGGAAAUGACAUAUUCAGUGAAGUGGGUAGCAACAGAUGUAUCAUUUGCACGCCGUUUUGAAGUGUACCUGGACUAUCCUUUCUUCGAACACCAGAUUCACUGGUUCUCCAUUUUCAACUCUUUCAUGAUGGUUAUUUUCCUAACUGGUUUGGUUUCGAUGAUAUUGAUGCGGACUUUGAGAAAUGAUUAUGCCAAAUAUGCUCGUGAAGAUGAUGAUCUAGAGUCCCUGGAGAGAGAUGUUAAUGAGGAAUCAGGAUGGAAGCUUGUCCAUGGUGAUGUAUUUCGGCCUCCCCGAAGUUUGAUGUUUCUUUCUGCACUUGUUGGUAUCGGCACCCAAUUGGCAGCUCUUAUCCUACUUGUGAUUGUUUUGGCCAUCGUUGGCAUGCUAUACAUUGGGCGAGGGGCUAUCAUCACAACCUUCAUUGUGUGCUAUGCUCUUACAUCGUUUAUUUCUGGAUAUGUUAGUGGUGGUCUUUACUCAAGGAAUGGUGGCAAAAACUGGAUUAAAGCGAUGGUUCUUACAGCAUCCCUCUUUCCAUUCUUGUGUUUUUCAAUUGGCUUCGCAUUGAAUACAAUUGCCAUCUUCUACCGCUCAUUAGCAGCAAUACCAUUUGGCACAAUGGUUGUCAUGUUUGUACUUUGGGCUUUCAUCUCCUUUCCCUUGGUGCUUUUGGGAACUGUCGUUGGUAGGAACUGGAGUGGUGCUCCUAACAACCCCUGCCGUGUAAAGACUAUUCCACGGCCUAUUCCUGAGAAGAAGUGGUACCUUACACCUUCUGUCAUCUCAUUGAUGGGUGGUCUGCUUCCCUUUGGUAGCAUCUUCAUUGAGAUGUACUUUGUGUUCACAUCAUUUUGGAACUAUAAGGUGUAUUAUGUCUAUGGUUUCAUGUUGCUGGUCUUCAUCAUCCUUCUAAUAGUCACCAUCUGCGUCACUAUUGUGGGUACUUAUUUCUUGCUGAACGCCGAGAACUAUCAUUGGCAAUGGACGUCGUUUUCCUCUGCAGCAUCAACCGCUUUGUAUGUGUAUCUGUACUCCAUCUACUACUACCAUAUGAAAACAAAGAUGUCAGGCUUCUUCCAGACAAGUUUCUACUUUGGCUACACACUGAUGUUCUGCCUUGGUCUAGGCAUACUUUGUGGUGCUAUUGGGUAUCUAGGGUCAACCCUUUUUGUAAGGAGAAUCUACAGAAAUAUCAAAUGUGAUUAA